CGUAAUUUGUUUCCGAGGCACCAUCGAAGAACCAUCGUCAUCGGUCGUACCAGUGUUUGUUUGUUUGUUGCAACGACCAACAAUCGCGCUCCCCCAGCAACCAACAACAAUCGAAUAAACCGAAUUCUACUCACAAGUGCGACAAAAAUCAAAACAAUUGCUAUCUCUCCGACAACGCAACGUCAUAAAACAAGUCUUUCGGUUUUUAUUUUUCGGGACAAUUGUUGUUGGUUGAUUUUCGGUUGUAUCUCAUCGUAGGAAGUUGGCCGAGAGAGUGCUAAGUGUGUUUUUGUUUAGUUGCGGAGAUCGCGUUCAACAACCUGUGGUGGCAGAGGUGCCACCAUAUCGCUGGGCCGAUGCCGUUUACGUAGGUGGCCAAUGAAAAGUAACAGUAAAUACGGUGGUUGAAUCAUUUCCAAUUACCAUCACCCUGGAGCUAUCAAAUUGGAUGUGUUUUAAAUAAGGUGUGUUGUUAUAAGACAGUUUAGUGCUUAAAAAUAAUAAACAUUUCGCUAAAUGAAGUGAAUAAAGUGUUUAAAUUGUGAUGGCCUUAAAACUGAGAAAAGAAAUGAAAAAAUCGUCUUACUACGUGUGGUUUUUGGGGGCCAAGGAGGCUCGAGGACUACGAGGUCCUGAAGCUGUAAUGCCCGCCCUGGAGCACCUAAUGCAGAGGGAGAGGGACACAGAACCUCACAAAGUCACCCUUCAAGUGUCCCAGAAGGGGUUGAAGAUUGUUCAAAACGUCGUUAGAGAAACAGGAAGUGGUAAAACCGGAAAACCUAAGUUAGAGACAGUCAAGCAUCUAAUUCCUUCCGACAGCGUUGCUUAUGCUCAUCAGAGAGACGAUAUAGUGGUGUGCGUGCUUCUCCUGAUGAACCCCGUCACCGGAUGGCCCCUUCAUGUGCACGCUUACAGGUGCGACAGCCUCGACACGGCAAGACUCCUCCAUCAUCAAUUGCAAACGCUAUCAGAUCGACCCGAUAAUCAGAAGAGAUGGAGGGAGGUAGAGGCCAAAAUAAUGGACGGGGAAAUGAAGGAAAUGGGGAGGCAAGACUCAUCGUUGGGGAGCGAUACAGGUGCGUCUUCUGCAAGGGGAAGUGACUCGGGAGAAGAAAGAUCGAGCGGUGGUUUAGGAUCGGAUUUGCCCCCAGUGCGUACAUCGAUACUGUACGAUUCGGUUGCCGCGGAAUUACGCGCGCGAUUGGGUGGUGCCAGCGGUCCGGGCAGCCGCCCCCCAAGCCAACCCCUGCUAUUACCUCCUCGCGAUUACGACACAGUACACAGACAAAGGGGUAAUUUGCAGGGGAUCGAGUUGCGCCGCUGUUUAAAUACGAGCAUAGUCGGACGCGCCGCCGCCAACAAUACCGUCCCCAAUACGACGAUCGCGAACGGUAGUGCAGCGUCGUCUGGAAUUGGAUCGGACCAUGCGUCGCCGUCCCCUGACUCACCCCCGGAAAUUGGUGGACCAUUCGGGACAUGCGACGGAAACAGCACAAGUGACGAAGAAUGGAAUGCAGACACGGCAGAGUCUACGAUGUAUCUGAUGCCCGAUGGUUCCCCGGAAUUAACCCUGCCUCGUCCCCAUACCCAAACGGAAAUCCGAAGCUCCCGCCACUAUCCUGAUGGGUACAAAUCAGACCGGUACCCAUCUAGUCAAAACUCGUAUUCUAGAGACGCCAGUUCUAAUAAUGCACAUCACGAUAAUAAAUAUUCAGACAACACGAGAUCCUUGGAAAAGGGCAAAGGACGAUUCAUGGAAAAUCCGCUCAACAAAUACGCCAAGAACUUCAGGGAAUUGGAAGAAGAACACGUCAUGGGGAAGAAUGGGGACCCUACUAAGAAUCACGUGGAUUAUCAGGUCAAGAGGGAGUUUGAAAGCAAAAGGGAAAUAUUAAAAAGGGAUUUUGAAAAGAAGGACAUUGAAAGGAGGGAGUACGAGAAAAGGGAAUACGAAAGGAAGAUGUAUGAGAAGAACAAGGAAGUUAAAGAUUUUGACAAGCUACCGCGGCUGCGAUAUGGGGCGGAAACUGGGAGAGAUGACGAAUUCAAAACGGAAAUCCGAAAUGCAGUCAAAUGUAGGAAAGAAAAUACCGAAGAAGUUGAUAACAGGAAACCGAGGUAUAAUUUUGGCGAAGAAUACGUAACAGAACAACAAGUAAGGUAAGAAAAUAUAUAAAAUCUU